AUGAGUUCCUCCAAGAAGAAGAAACAUUCCCGCGAGGAUUCUGCGAGCUUUGAGGCUCCAUUAUUCCCAGAUCUCGAUGCAUCUCAAGCUCACAAUUCGCGAGAAGAUAGUGACGUGUCAGUUCUUGCACCUCAUCUUUCGUGGAUGAACGGAAACAAAAAGCCAGCCACUUCAACAUCAGGCCUCAAUACUCACAACUCGAACGAUGCACAUGCCGAACCGUUGAUGGAAACUCCUGGUAAUAUCAGGAGCAAUAUACGAGAUGCAAGUUACGAUAUAAAGGACGCCGGGACCGGUCACCACGACAAUCGGCUGUCUAAACUUCCUCCGGGCCAGUUUCGUGAGCCGUCUUUGAGACGUGGAUACGGUAUGCCAUAUCAAGCACCUAAAGCGUUUGACAGCAUGCAAGCCAAGGACACAAGUCAAGUUGGAAAUAGUCACGCUCAGGCUUUGGAUUCUCUUCCGGAAACACAGACACAGCCUUCCAACUCAGCUCUACAUCAAUCUCUUGUAACUAGCCAGCGUCUUCUGCCGACCCUAAACAUGGAUGGAAGAAACGUUUUUGAUCUAAACAGGCCUCAGGCUAGACGAGGAGAUCUGCAACCAGCUGGUUAUCGCCCUGUAGCUAUGCCUCCUCCUGGUACUUCUGGGCGAAUGGCUACCGACGAAAAGCAACGCCAGUCAUCUGAUGAGAAACAGACAUCAAAAAUCAAGAUAGAUCUAGGCUGCUAUAAGAAGGCCGAACAGAAGGCACUUCUGAAGGCUUGCCUGAAGAACAAAGACUUAAUAAGAGGGAAAGAGUUACGUCGAGACAAGUGGAAAGUCGUGAAAGGGUGUGUGGAAAAGUGGUGCGAACCACGAAGAUUCCAGCUUGCGCAGGAUGAGCCCGCAACGUCGGACUCUGAGCUUGAUGCACUCCUAGAUCAAUGGAACGGUUUAUACGCGAAAAAGUUUUGCUCUGCAAACCAAGGCCUCUUGGAGGCAGCAGGAUGGAGAAAAGCUGCCGAGCAAAGUCAAAACGGUUCCCCUUCAGAUGACACUCACAACUCUCAGGCCAGCCAUGAAAGCAAUUCACAGAGCGAGAAAGGAACAAACAAGUUCGACUUUGAAGGCUCUAUUUGGCCCACUGUUAAAAAAGAGCUGAUGGAGGUCGCAGAGUCCAGGAUUCUCCGCUGGGCCGAGGACAAACUUCAGGAAAGGCUACAGGCCCUCGAGGCUCUCACCCGGCCGCCCCUUUUGAAGGCCAACAGCUCUCCAGAAUCAUACAGAGUGUAUUUGAGGUAUCUCAUGAAUCGUACAGAGGCUGCUGGAAAGAAUUCUAAGGAGAUACGAAAUACAGAGGCUGUCAUGUCUAUGGCACUGGACCUUCUACCAGGUCUAGAGGAGCGCUUGCGGGAUCAGAUCGAGGGUGUGGUUGAUAAGCAAGAAGGUCGUCCUGGGGCUGGUGUUAAACAUGAUCAGACUAAUGACACUGAUCAUGACGAGGCAAACGAUGAGUCUGAGAGCGCUCAUGAGAAUCAUGAAGUGGCUGAUCAUGACGUUGAUCACAAAAUUCAAGAAACCCAGCAAGAGGAUGAUAUUAAUGAUGAGGCCCAGACGAAGCUUGAACACGACUCUGAAGAGAGUGAAGAUAUCGAUGAAGAUGACGAUGACUUCGAUGACUUCGAGGAGUUUUAUGCCGACGAAAGGGACGACGAUACGUACAAAGAUCCUGACUCACCUGAUCGCCAGUAUAGAGGAUCGGUGAUCGAUUCUAUUGAGCCUCGCACGCCGAUCGUUACUCCACGGGUCAUGAGACAGCUCCGUCGCUAUGAGCAGAGAUACCGGGACACCAUCGUAACCGCCAAAGUCGAGACCGAGACAGCGGCCGCUGUCCUUCGUUCUGUGGACGAAGAAGACCGAAAAGUGGCCCCGAGAAAACGAAAAGCAUCGGAUUCAGUAGAACCUGCUCUUGCGAUCAGAAGCAAGUCCAUGGACCAAAGGCUGGGUGCUGUAGGCACUCCGACACCUGCGGGAAGAAAAAGACAAAAGUUCAGUAAAGCCAACUACAGUCCGGCAUCCACAGCUUGCUCCUCUGAGCUUCCGUCUCUCGAGGACAUUUUUAGCUCGAGUAUUGGCCGAGCAUCUUCCGCCACAACUCAACAACCUCCUAACUCCUCGAGCCCUGCAGUACGAGUGAACAAUAUUAAGAGUGCCCGAAAGGACAGAAGUAGAGCCCAGAGUAAGGUUUCCCCUGAGCUCGGGGAGCCUGCUACCGAUGAUACUGCAGCUCCCAAACCUGAAGAGAUGACAGGAAUGUCCCCUGGCCUCUUUGUGACCCCUGAUGUGGCACGACAGGCCAAUACCCCAUUUCAUUUUAAGAAAAGUGUCUCUUGUCGUCCUUCUCCAGAGGAAAGGUUUAGGGAAGAGACCGCCGAGUUUCAGGCCAUGACGCCUAGUGCUCGGGAGUCAAUGCUGUACACAGCGCUUCGGGAGAUGCGCCGACGACAAGGAUAG